UAUUAGAUUUUUGUCGUAAAAUGAUGCGCUUGCCUCUGCUGGAGCACACAUGCGCGUUUCCAUGACACAGAAGGCAAAUAAUGAGCGCACUUCUGUGUCUUUUUGUUGACAAAUGGUAUGACUCAGGAGAUACCACUUGGACAGGUAUGACUGUUUUGUAACUGUAUCUGUUAUUAGUGACCUGAAGGAGGCGCUGUUUUACUCUGGAUGUUGGAGCAAGCUUUCUGUUCGGUCCUGUUAAUAAAGUCAAGCCGGUGAAUGGCUAAAGAGAGACGUGGCUGCCCGUUGUAAUUUCUUCAUAAUUAUUCCGCUGCAGGUAGGCAAAAGGUGUAAGCCUACACUGAGGAACUAAACCUGCUAACAGGUUAUGGGCCCAGAGACCGCAAGGAGCAUUCUGAGAGUCUGACGACGGACACGUGCUAUCGCAAGACGUCUGUUUGCUAACGCAAAGCAGGAAUUAGCUGGGAGCUAUUGCUAGCUUAGCUACGGACAUAAAAUGACGAACAGAACCAAGAUUAAGUGGCCCACAUUCGACGGGAGAGCAGAGGAGUAUGAGCUCUGGGAAGAAAGGAUGUUAUGCUGCAUGCACAGUGCAGGACUGAAGCAGACAAUCCUGAAUGAGCCUGCCGGUCCUCUGUCAGUGGAAGAACAAGCACGUGACAACAAGCUGAACGCUGAUGCAUAUUGCGCGCUGGCGCCAUUACUGGAUAACACCAGCUUGGGACUGAUAUUCAGAGACACUAAAGACAAAGGCAGAGAGAGUCUGAAAGUGUUAAGAGAACACUACAUCGGCAAAGGUAGGCCCCGGAUUGUCUCCCUGUACAUAACAUUGACCUCACUGAAGAAAGCAGACACAGAGACUGUUACAGAGUAUGUCAUCAGAGCAGAGCAAAUCAUCACAGCGCUCAAGAGUGCAGGUGAAGCACCGAGUGAGGGACUGAUGAUGGCAAUGAUUAUGAGGGGACUUCCAGAAAAAUACAAGCCAUUCACGCUGAUGGUUACACAUAGCUCUGCAGACAUGAAGCUGGGAGAGUUCAAAGCCAAAUUAAGGAACUUUGAGGCCUCUGAAGACAUAGACCCCGUAGCAGAUGAGACGGGAGAGAGAGUGCUGAAAGCCCGAGCGGCUCCAAAGAAAAAGAGCGGACCUUCAACGGACCUGGUUUGCUGGAGAUGUGGAGAAAAGGGGCACAGAAAAGAUGAUUGCUCAAAGAAAGCUUGGUGUAGUUCAUGCAAGAGCACAAGUCACACAGAUAAAGCGUGCAGAAAGAAAGAACGUGGACGUGGCUCUCGGUGCGCUCGUGCUCAAGAUGACUGCUGCGACAGCAGAAGCCAUAAAGUGGAUUGCAGGCGGGACGACACCAGGGGAGCUGCAGAAAAGGAAGACUUCACGUUUAAGACGGAGACGAAAGAUGCCAGCAGAGCUGCACAGCAGAUCCAGAUAAAAGGCCUGGUCGUGGACACAGGUGCAUCGUCCCACAUUAUUAACGACAGGAGCCGGUUCAAGAGUUUCGACAGCACCUUCAAGCCAGAGAGACACAGCAUGGAGCUUGCAGACGGAAAGCGUACUUUUGGGUUGGCACAAGGCAGAGGGGAUGCACAGGUAUGUCUCCUGGACAGUAAAGGGCGCCGCUGUACAGUGACGUUGAAGAACGCCCUUUACAUCCCCUCAUUCCCACAAGAACUCUUCUCGGUGAAGUGUGCAACUGCUAAUGGUGCCAAGGUACACUUUGAUGAAGUGACCUGAAGGAGGCGCUGUUUUACUCUGGAUGUUGGAGCAAGCUUUCUGUUCGGUCCUGUUAAUAAAGUCAAGCCGGUGAAUGGCUAAAGAGAGA